AUGCCAUAUUUUUCUUCCGGUGCGAAGGAUUCGGCCGCUCCCAACAGGCCUGUUGCUAUCUCACACCGCAGCAAUAGUGGCAGUCGACGACCCACGCUUGCUAGUGCGGAAUCCUCGCUGUCAGCGGGCCAUUCGUCGGGAAACGGGUCUUCCAACGCCCAAUUCGGCGGCAAGCGCUUGAGCAGUGAUUCUAAAUCGUCAGGAACUACUGCAAAGGCUCCAGGCUCAGAGACCAGACGUUCCAGGCCAAAAUCCAUCGGACUGGUUAUCACCAACAACAUUCCCCAUACAAACCAGUACUUAUCACAAGAGCGCAUGUACCUCAAGAGAAUCCGUAAUCAGGGCAUGGACGAUUACUACACAAAGCGCAUCGGUGGGGGCGACGCAGAACUCAAAGAAUCAGACACUAGCAAUAACGAUGAGGACGAAGAGGAGGAAGGGCUCCUGCCCUACGGAAACUCGGACUUUCUCACUGAUUUGGAUGAGGACAAAUACCAGAUUGACUAUUCCUUGGCGUUCGACAUCAUGAAGCGCACAAACUCCAAGUUGAGCAUAGACCAUAAUGUGAAAACCAUCAGCAAGGACACCGUAGAGGAUCCUGGCGUGUUGGAACGACUCGAGUGGCAAGCCAUGUUGUCCUCGGUGCUUAAUGGAGACGUUGUCCGUUCGGAAAAGACGAAAAUCAUCGAUAAUGCCAAUCAUGUGGAAGCUCAAGAGUCUUUCCUCCAGGCUCACUACAAGGAGAAUCUCUGGUAUGGUAUUCGAGCAAAACUCUUUGACAGAAGUGAAGAUGAUCAACGCAAGAACACCUUGUACAGAAGAACUCAAGUGGACCUGUUGAUAGAAGAAAUUCUCAAUUAUGAGGUUUCAUACGAAGUUGGAGCCAAGUCUCCGCGUGAUCAAGUGGCCGAAAUUCUAGAUAGAUACGAUAAAGCGUGUGAAUUGUGGCGAACGCUAGAGGAGAUGAAACAUGAUAAGCCAGCUUGCAGAACAGAAGCUUUUCAUGACCGAAUCGAUGCAUUGACUGCUUGGCUCAACAUUGCUGACGGAAUUGCUAGAAACACGAAGUCUUUCAUACAAUGGAUUGGAAACGAUGAGCUAGACGUUACCAAGGGUGUCCAGAACAGACGACUUGAGGACGAGGUUGACACACUGUCGCUCACAAGAAGUCGAGAUAGUAAAGUCAAACAAAUUUUCGAGGAAGAUAACAAGUCUUUGGCAGAUAAGAUUGUCAAGGAGAAAGACGUACACACAGUGUUUAGGAAGCGAAUCUUCACGCCGUUGGCACCAUGGAUUGUUAAGUCAAAGGAAACAUACAUUACUUUGGGCCAUAUGUUUGAAGUUCUCAAAUUGCCAGACUAUGGUAAUCAAUUACUUGACCUAUGUCUUGUCCCAAUGCGAUUAAUCAAGGAGAUCAUCACUAUUCGUAUGGCUCUAGCAAAGAAGUUGGAAAACCCAACGUUAAUGAUGAUCGACCAGAUGAUAGACGAUAUGAAGUCAUAUAUCACUAUUGCUUUAGAAGUAAAAGGUGGAAUCAUGGACUUCUGCAAGCCAGAUCUGAGUAAGACGUGGAUUAUCGAAGAUCUAUUUGAAAAAGAUAUGGCAGACUUUGACACUGUGGUUCUACUGUGCGUGCGUUACUUUUUGGUUUUGCUAAACAAGAAGCUUGUGGAUAGCUCUAGGUCGCCAUAUUUAUUCCGUACAAAUAAGGAGCCAGAAGAAUUAGAGGAUGCGUGGAACUACUUGAAAUGUCUUGGUGAUUACAUUGACGGUGGUAGCAUGGUUGUGGCUGAAAACGUCAUUUCCAUCACAUCCCGACUCUGCCUGAAGUUGUUAGCUUAUCUCAAUCACCAAGUGCGUAACCCACCACGGCCCGCUCCUGGCUCCACUGAUCUUCUACGUUGGUACAACUCUACCACAGAGAAUUUUGGUCAGCUUCGUCGUAAGCUUGCCAGAUUUACUGGUGAGAUGUCAAGAAGCUUUACCAACUCCUUCAUUUUUGAAGUCCCAGGCCAUCAAACGAAGUCAAUUCUUGACAUCUUGAAAGCAACGAACCAUUUUCUUGUCUAUACUGGCUCUUCGGAGAUGCAGGGAAUGUAUUUCUUUGCUUGUCCGGAACUUCAGGGUAAGGAAAAUGAGAUUCUUCAAAUAAUCAGUGGAGGGUUCAUUGGAGUUGACGCAUCAGAUACAUUCAACGAGUUCACAGAUUUGAUUAACUCCAUCAAGUCGGAGUCAUACUACCAAACACCUUAUGCUAGUGAUUCAUCUAUGCAUUCUAAUGAUGCUUACUUGAUCGCUUUAUGUCCUCCUAAGCCCAUUGUAUGGGAAGGUGAAAUGAUCAAUUUAACUAUUGAGAAUAUCCCAAUAACCGAUCUCAAGGUGGGACAGCUAAUUCUUGUAACAGGGUUGUCUUACAAUAACAUUCAGGAGUCCAGAGAGAGGUUUGUGGACCUUGUCUCUGGUUCCUUGUCUAUGAAUGGAAUAGUGAAGCCUUUGGAACAACGUUCAUCUGUGACGAAAUUGCACCAGGAAAUGACUCGAAUCAAUAAAAUGUUCUUUCGUAUGACGUUGGCAAUUUUUGAUUCUGUCGACAUAGUCAUUCAAAAGUGCAAAGAGCUAACUCCCGGAAGUGAGUAUCAGGAACUUGUGAAUCAAUUCUUCAUUUACGCGCGAGAUUUUGGAAAAAGUGCUGUUAGAUGGUCUGAUCAAUCUCGAAGUUCAGUUGUUAUCAUGCGACUCAUUCACCUCUCUAUUCAGUGGGUGAGUUUCAUUUGUGAUGAUUGUAUUCCUACGGACAGAAAAACUUUCAGAUGGUGCGUUUUGGCACUUGAGUUUGCAAUGGAGAUGACCAAGGGAUUCAAUGUUUUGGUGCUCAAUGAGGGCCAGUUUGACAAACUCAAACUCAAAGUAGCAAGAUGUAUGUCGCUUCUCAUUUCACACUUCGAUAUCAUGGGUGCCAGAUCAAGCGAAGCCGAAAAGCGCAGACUUUUGAAGUGGACUUCGCAAAGACAAAGCAUUGAAAAUGCUAAUGACGAUGAAUCUGUGCUCGAGUUGUAUCAGCAUGAACUUAUGGAACAGAUUGACGAAAUUGAAAAGUACAGAACCGAUAUACAAGAGCAAUUAAACUCUGUGGGUCGUGUUCUUGACAUUACUGAUCUGGAAUAUCUGUUUGUUACAUUGUUGGCGUCCUCCUUCUCAAGUGUCUCCAUUAGAUGGCAGAAGGGUAAGUUUAUUGGAGGUGGCUCCUUCGGUCAAGUGUAUGCAGCUGUUAAUUUGGACACUGGUGGAGUUAUGGCUGUUAAAGAGAUCGUAUUCCAUGACACGCAGUCACUCAAGCUUAUUCCGUCAAUUAAAGAGGAAAUGACUGUUCUUGAAAUGUUGAAUCAUCCAAACGUUGUGCAAUACUUCGGAGUUGAGGUUCACCGUGACAAGGUUUACAUCUUCAUGGAAUUCUGUGAAGGAGGCUCCCUUUCGGGACUUCUUGCUCAUGGCAGAAUUGAAGACGAAAUGGUCAUCCAAGUGUACACUUUACAAAUGCUCGAAGGUUUGGCUUACCUUCACCAGUCUGGUGUUGUUCAUCGUGACAUCAAGCCUGAGAACAUUUUGUUGGAUCACAAUGGUGUUAUUAAGUUUGUGGAUUUCGGUGCUGCCAAAGUGAUUGCUGCUUCGGGUAGAACCAGAAACACAACGAAACAAUCAUCCGGAACAAAUAACAACCUGGAAAACCUUAAUUCUAUGACCGGUACCCCGAUGUAUAUGUCUCCUGAAGUUAUUACUGGACAAUCGAGUUCGAAGAAUGGCGUUGUGGACAUUUGGUCGUUGGGAUGUUGUGUGCUUGAGAUGGCUACUGGAAGACGUCCAUGGGCUAACUUGGACAACGAGUGGGCGAUCAUGUACCACAUUGCAGCAGGGCACAAGCCUCAGUUGCCUUCGGCGGAUCAACUCAGUGAAGCUGGCCGCCGCUUUAUCGCUAGAUGUUUGGAGCAUGCCCCACAACAGAGACCGAGCGCAGCAGAACUCUUACACGAUCCAUGGAUUGUCCAGAUCCGCCAGGUCGCAUUUGGAUCUUCGGAAAGUGGCAACACCCCUCUGUCAGAAAUUGGCCCGGAUACGCCAUGA